AUGGCCAGGGAGAAGGAGCUGGGGAACGAGGGACCACUGGUGUUUGUGUUCUCGCACUAAACUCUGAUAACCUUUCCACCUUUUUCUUUUUUUUCGUCUCUCUCUUCACACUUUGUCCCCGCCCUCCCUCCCUCCCUUCCUUCCUUCCUUCCCCCAGGUAGAAUAUGUUGAUACUGAAGCUACUUGGGAGAGAGAGAGGGGCAGGGACUGAGAGAGGUGAGAGAGGCAGGAAGAGAGGGAGGAACGCCAGCAGGUGAAAUGUUAUGAAAUGCUGUGUAGGAUGUAUGGAAAGUCACCACCAUGUUAAUGUUCAGCCGUGGUCUGACUGCUGAGGUCGUUGGUGCGUGCCCCAGUCACCUGGUAACAGGUGUUAUGUGACACCCAGAGACACACAUGCUAUGGAGGGAUACUCAAAGGAUGCUGUUUACAGGUGAGUGUUAUUAAUGAUUACCUACACAGGUGUUUGUGUGUGAGACAUACAAACAAUUUAACAUUGCGCUAUGGAUUUGUUAGGAAAUAAGUUUCUUAGUUAAUUUAUUGUGGGAGCUUAUUCGAGUUUGUGCUGUUUAAGCUAAAGUGUGAAGGGAGGCUAGUGUUUAGGGUUAGUGUUUGUUGUCAUCUGGUAACAUUUACCUGUUAUCUCUUUUCUUUGUACGGAGAAGAGGGAAUUAGAGAGUUAUAGCUAAGGAGGUAGAGCCCCUCUCUGUGGCCUGGGUUGACAUUCAUUCCACUGAAUACGAUCAUUACUCCUCUUUAGGUUAUGGUGACAGAUGAAAACAGAAGGAUAUCUACAACCGAACCAUGAUUCACCGCCUCUUGUUGUGUUACAUGUUGACAGUCCUGGCUUAAAAUGAUUAUACUCAAAUAGUUGGAUCAACACGUUUUACCAACUGCUUACCAAACGAAGACUUUCAACCAAAGCUGGGUUAACUCAUGUUCGGUAGGUAUUUUGUCAUCUGUUGAUCGAACGCCUUAAAAGUUAAACCUUGGGACCAUUUGAGUUCACACUCAGUCACCUCAAACGACCAGUAGUAACAUAGGAUUUCUGUUGAGAAUAGGUCACAGUCAAUGAUUUGAGGAGUCGAGAUUCACUCUUUCUCUCUGUGUGUUCUAUCAGGUUAAGCAAGCAUGGCAACAAUGUAAUAAGUUACAAGGCUGUCAUGCGAGUCAAUGUUAUGAAUAACUUGUCUGUUGCUUUCUGAUGUUUCACUCUUCCAGAACAGUGUCUGUGAUCAUUAUAUCACCAUGCCCAAAGGGGAUUCUACCACCAACCCUGAAACAGGUUAGUCCAGUCUUUGUGUCCAUCCACAUUUGCAUGAAACAAAUGAAAGUGUGUCUAGAUGUCAAAUAAAGCAUCCUAUAUGUGACCUUUGACCUAGUUUGAUAAUGACGGAGUGUUUUAAGGUGUCCGGUUUCCUCAGAAGAAGCUAUUAGAGUAAUUUCUGCCUUCUCCAGGCGCGGGAUGGGGGAAUAAGAUUCCCCCUGAGAGAUGGAAUAAUAACACACUACAGUCUGUCACACACACACACACACACACACACACACACACACACACAUGAUCUCAUCCUACCCCAUAUGUGAUGGACAGUGACGUGACCUGGUCCCUGUGCUAUGCCCUCCUCAAAUCUCAUUGGCGAUAGAGAAAGCCCAUUUGUAGUUGGAAUGGGAUUUUUUUAAACUCUGUCUUUAACAGCUAUAACUUGGGAGGUGAGAGCAAACAGCCGCCACUUCCACAAACAUCGACGGCGGAGAUCCUUUCUGUGUUUCCGCUGGGGCCGAUAUGCCGUGAGUCACAGUACACCGUGUUGUUGUAACCCAACACUGUUGGCACAAACACACUAACCCACUAAUUGACAAACACUCACGUCUCCCUCGUGUCUCUCUCUCUAUGUUUCUUUCUGUGUCUGUCUGCUGGGUUGCCAGGACAAUGUGGUGCGCAGUUUUAAGUACUCCCCUCUGACCUUCCUACCCCUUCACGCUGUACGAACAGUUCCAUCGAGCAGCCAACCUUUACUUCCUUCUCAUGGUUGUGAUGCAGGUCAGACUCUGGGUUUCAUUGAUCUACUCAGUUAAUUUCUAUGGUUUCUGAGGAUGGGUAAAUCUUACAGGGUUAUUUGGCCAAUAUUUGAUAUUAGUGAUUUAAUUUAUAUGUAUAUAUGUUGAUAAAGAAUGGUAAUAUUUUCAUAUUUUGUGAUUCAGUGAAUGUGGUACUCAAUAUGUGUGUGUGUGUGUGUGUGUGUGUGGGUGUAUUAGUGCUGAGCGAAUAGUGCUUUUUGAGGUCAGUUCGGUUUCAGUCCGAUUAUUAAAACAUCAUUAGGGUUUUUCAAUUUUGGCAUCGAUACUUUUUUGAAACAUUAAAUGCAUUAUGAAAUAAUUACAUUAAAAUGAUUUUAGAGCUUUUUAAUGGAAAUUCAAAAGCCAAAAAUAGUGAACAUUCAAUUGCCAAAACAUUGAAAAUAUUCCAUUGUCUCUGAAUAAUAGGAAAUUACUAUGAAAUAAUAAAAUAUUUCAGUUGUGUAUAUUACUUAGUUUUAUUUAAUGACUUUAUUUUUCAUUCCUUAAAGUCAUAAUCUAAUCUCUGUUUAGGCAGUAGCAGCCAGCCAGACCAUUUAACGUUAUCUCUAUGCACCCCAUACUGUACUGUCUUUAGUCAUCCUAUUUAGUUAGGCAAGCCUGCCUAAGUAUGCUGCCUAAGUAUGUCUGACGAAAUCAUUUGACUAGUUCUUCAAAGUAAAUAAGGCAUACUAUCACAAACCGUCUCUGUCCCUCUCGUCGUUGUGUGUACAUUCCUCUCUCAUGCGGUCUAUGCGGUGUGUCUAUCUAACCUAAUGUAGCAGAUGUAAAAGUGUAUCCGUCUCAGUCCGAGCUGGAAAGAACAGGCACAAUGGAUUAUGGUCAUUGAAGGCAAUUACCACAUUUCUGCACUGAACUAGGUUGAAUAUUUGCUUGAUGUAAACUACAACUUCCUUCAGCCCAGGGUCCCACAUAGUUCUUGACUUGAUUUCUCUCGUAAAUGAUUUGAUUUCUCUCUAGAGAAACGUCUCGUUGGGCUCUUAAAAAAUUAAAUAAAUAAUGGAAUUCAAGUAAUUGAACCAACGUCGGUCAAUUUGUUGCUUAAUAACAACAAUAAUACAAAUAUUGGUUAAUCGCUCAGCACUAGCUUGCAUGCAUAUGUGCAUGUGUGUGUGUGUGUUUCCAGUGUGUCCCUGCCAUCUCGUCCAUCCCCUGGUACACCACCGCCACUCUCCUGGUAAUAGUGCUGUCAGUAAAGGGGCUCAAAGACCUGGCCAAUGACCUGGUGAGAUCACUCACUCACCCUCCAAUCACACGCCUCUCUCCUUCAUUGUCCCCAUUGACUCCUUGUCCUCUGCUCAUUGACAAACUGGUCUUCCGAGUUACAUACAUUUUAUUUUUUCCACUAUCAUUAGCUAGCUUCUCUCCUCCGGCAGCGAUUAUGUUUUGCAUGGAGUAUUCUGUGGUUAAGUGCAUCACUGCGUUAUGGUCUUUACAGCCUUGGUGAAAGGCUUUGUGACCCUCUUUAUUGACUUAUCAUUUAGGGAGGGAUCUAUCUAUCACUCCUAUCUCUCUCCCUCAGGCCAGGAGACGCAGUGACUCUCAGAUUAAUAGGCGACCCAGUGAUGUCCUCAUCUCCCAGAGGUGAGCACAAAGAUGCCAGCUCUGUCUCUCAGGGCACAAACCUAACUUCAGAAACCCAUGUGACCUGUAAAACACUCAAACUUUUGUGUAAAUCUACUGUAUGUCAGUUCCUUUGUGCUUCUAGUACAAGGGAAAUAAUAUACAGUAGGUCUUUACCUCAACUCCUUUCUUUGUCCCUUCUGUCUCUCUCCCUUCUGUCUCUCUCCCUUCUGUCUCUCUCCCUUCUGUCUCUCUCCUACUUCUGUCUCUCUCCCUUCUGCCUCUCUCCUACUUCUGUCUCUCUCCUACUUCUGUCUCUCUCCCUUCUGCCUCUCUCCUACUUCUGUCUCUCUCCCUUCUGCCUCUCUCCUACUUCUGUCUCUCUCCUACUUCUGCCUCUCUCCUACUUCUGUCUCUCUCCUACUUCUGUCUCUCUCCUACUUCUGUCUCUCUCCCUUCUGUCUCUCUCCUACUUCUGUCUCUCUUCCUUCUGUCUCUCUCCUACUUCUGUCUCUCUCCCUUCUGUCUCUCUCCUACUUCUGUCUCUCUCCCUUCUGCCUCUCUCCUACUUCUGUCUCUCUCCUACUUCUGUCUCUCUCCCUUCUGCCUCUCUCCUACUUCUGUCUCUCUCCCUUCUGCCUCUCUCCUACUUCUGUCUCUCUCCUACUUCUGCCUCUCUCCUACUUCUGUCUCUCUCCUACUUCUGUCUCUCUCCUACUUCUGUCUCUCUCCCUUCUGUCUCUCUCCUACUUCUGUCUCUCUCCCUUCUGUCUCUCUCCUACUUCUGUCUCUCUCCCUUCUGUCUCUCUCCUACUUCUGUCUCUCUCCUACUUCUGUCUCUCUCCUACUUCUGUCUCUCUCCCUUCUGUCUCUCUCCUACUUCUGUCUCUCUCCCUUCUGCCUCUCUCCUACUUCUGUCUCUCUCCCUUCUGUCUCUCUCCUACUUCUGUCUUUCUCCCUUCUGCCUCUCUCCCUUCUGCCUCUCUCCCUUCCGUCUCUCUCCCUUCUGUCUCUCUCCUACUUCUGUCUCUCUCCUACUUCUGUCUCUCUCCCUUCUGUCUCUCUCCUACUUCUGUCUCUCUCCCUUCUGUCUCUCUCCUACUUCUGUCUCUCUCCCUUCUGUCUCUCUCCUACUUCUGUCUCUCUCCCUUCUGUCUCUCUCCUACUUCUGCCUCUCUCCCUUCUGUCUCUCUCCCUUCUGCCUCUCUCCAUUCUCCGUCUCAGUUUCAGCCCAUCUCAGUGGAAGGAUGUGUGUGUGGGAGAUGUGUUGCGGAUUCACAAAGACCAGAUCAUCCCGGUGAGUUUCUAUGCCUUUAGCUUCAGCUGAUUCAGCACCACCUGCAGGUUUGCAUAGAGUCAAGUUCAAAUGUGUUUAUUCGUCAAAUACACAUACUAUACAUGAAGAACACAGUGCAAUUAAAUGCUUACUUGCAGGUUCACCUCUCGACAGUGCAACAACAAUAGAAAAAGGAAAUGGGUAAAGAAACGGUACUAAAAAAGUGAGAGAGUCCAAAGCGGUUCCCAAGCCCUGACUUUCUGAUCGCCCCUCUCCCUUUGUGCUUCUCUCUAUAGUCCUCUUCUCCUUCUGUAUCCCUCAUAGGCAGAUCUACUUCUCCUCUGCAGCUCCGAGCCACACAGCCUGUGCUACGUGGAGACAGCUGACAUUGAUGGGUAGGGGACAGGAACAUCCAUGUUCUAACAAUGUACUCUUGUCUAUACUGUACACUGAACCAGAUAUGACCUGUUUAGUUUAAGCUGAGGAUUAUGAAGCCUGACUGUAGUCCCUGUCUUUGCAGAGAGACCAACCUGAAGUACCGACAGGCCCUGGACGCAACCCACACAGAGAUGACCUCUGACCCCACAGAACAGACCUUGGCUUCCUUCGAUGGUAGGCACCACCUGACCCUAAGCAUUUGGAGAGUUAGGAAAAAAUGCAAAGUGUAUACAAAUAGGGUGAGCUCAUAACUGAAGCAGACCCUAUCUGCCUUCAAUAUUAGGCACCGCCCUGACUCAGAGCAUCAGAAAGUAAAGGGAAUUAGGGGGAAAAUGCAAAGUGUAUAAAAAUUAGGGUGAGCUCAUAAUAACAAGUCAAGUGCGAGUGUAAAGAAAAUUGUGUGGGGGAGUGCGAGGGGGCGUGCUGUGGGAUUAUUUAAGAUACUCUUUGAAGAGGUAGGGUUUCAGAUGUUUUCGGAAGAUGGGGAAGGUCUAUGUUGUUCUAGCUUCAGGUUCCACCAUUGGGGUGCCAGGACAGAGAAGAGCUUUGACUGGGCCGAGUGGAAGCUAGCCUCCUGUAGGGGUGGGAGGGCCAAGAGACCAGAGGUGGCAGAAUGGAGUACUCGGGUUGGGGUGUAGGGUUUGAGAAUAGCCUGAAGGUAGGGAGGGGCAGUUCCUCUUGCUGGCAAGUACCAUGGUCUUGUAGUGAAUGCGAGCUUUGACUGGAAGCCAGUUGAGUGUGCGGAGGAGCGGGGUGACAUGGGAGAACUUGGAAAGGUUGAACACCAGGCGGGCUGCGGCGGUCUGGAUAAAUUGCAGGGGUUUAAUGGCACAAGCGGGGAGCCCAGCCAACAGCAAGGCCUACCGUAUUUAGCUGCUAUUUAUAAACUUUUUAUAAAAAUUCCAAAUCAAAUAGCCUAACAAUGAGGAAAAAAGUUAUCAGCUUGAAUAUAAAUUCAGCCACUAUUUAUUGUUGAACUCAGCGGGUUUUGUCUGGCUAAUAGCCUACACAAAUGGGCUGCAAUAUUUCAGGUAAAUUGAAUUAAAUUAAAUUAAACUUGAGAGACUCCCCUGGUCUCCUGAAGUCCUCCUUUUUUGUGUGCAAAUGUUUACACCACGGCCUGUAGGUCCAGGUUGCAGGCCAGACUGUUUUCUAUACUUAGUAUUGCCAACCCAGACAGUCUUUCCUGAGACAUUGUGCAUUAUAUGUCCAUUGCGCUGCACACAAUUUAAACUUUAAAGUCUUGAAUGAUGCAUGCUAGGAUAUACCAGAGAUAAUGGACUGUGAUAUUGCAACCACACAACUCAAGCACCGGUUCACCAGUAGGCCUAUGAACAGAAAAAAAGGUUCAAGCCCUCAAUAACUGUUUUCCGCUAAAGAUUAUAAUCUGUUUGCAUCUGCCAAUUUAUUGGCUGUCCAGAAUCCAGACGACCUGUCCUCAGAGCUUCCUAUACAGUUAAUCUCUUUCCGUAACGUGUUCAGGCCGGCAAUUAAGGAGAAUGAGAGUCUCAAUUAAAGAUGUUGCAGAACUGCAGUAGUAUGAUUACUCCCUUCUGCCCAGUUUACCUGAUGUUGCUACGGCAAUCAAGGUUUUUUUACCAUCCCUGUAACUGUCGCUUCUGCGGAGAGAUCGUUUUCUAAAAUAAAACUCAUGAAGAACUACAUAAGAAGCAUUAGGCUCUCGGUCUGAUAUGCGCUUUUGAACACCUGAGUAAGCUCCGCUCAUUGCACUGGUGCCGUCGUAGCCUUGACCACGGCAUUUGUUCACCGAUAUCCCCUUGUACUUUAAAUCAGUGACAUUAUUUCAUAAUCAAAUGGCCUGCCAUGUAGGAUGCAAUCCAAGAGUGUGCAGAGCCUGAGACGCCCAGUCCUAAGAGGGUGAAGAGGAGGAUCUGAUGGUUCACGGUGUUGAAGGCAUCGGAUCGAUCUAGGAGGAUGAGAACAGAAGAGACAGAGUCAGCUUUGGCAGUGCGGAGAGCCUCUGUGACACAGAGGAGAGCAGUCUCGGUUGAAUGACCCGUCUUGAAGACUGACUGGUUAGGGUCAAGAAGAUCAUUCUGAGAGAGAUAGCGGUAGCGAGAGUUGGUCAGAGACAGCACGCUCAAGUGUUUUGGAAAGAAAAGAAAGAAGGGAUACUGGUCUGUAGUUUUUGACGCCAGAGGGGUCAAGUGUUGGUUUCUUGAGGAGGGGAGCGACUUUGGCCAUUUUGAAGUCAGAGGGGACGCAGCCAGUGGUCAGGGAUGAGUUGAUGAGGGAAGUGAGGAAUGGGAGAAGGUCUCCAGAGAUGGUCUGGAGAAGGGAAGAGGGGAUGUGGUCGAGCUGGCAGGUUGUCGGGUGUCCGUACCUCACUAGUUGCAGGAUUUAAUCUGGAGAGAGAGGGGAGAAAGAGGUCAAGGCGUGGGGUGGUUCUGUGGGAGUGGGUGCUGAGUGAAUGAGGAGCGGAUGUCGUCAACCUUCUUUUCAAAGUGAUUGACAAAGCCAUCUGCAGAGAGGGGGGGGGGGGGGGGGGGAGGAUUUAGGAGGGAGGAGAAGGUGGAAAAGAGUUUCCUAGGGUUAUAAGCAGAAGCUUGACAUUUAGAGUGAUAGAAAGUGGUUUUAGCAGCGGAUACAGAGGAAGAGAAGGUAGAGAGGAGGGAGUGAAAGGAUUAUAGGUUCUCUGGAAGUUUUGUUUUCCACCAUUUUUGCUCAGCUGCCCGCAGCCCUGUUCUGUAAGUCACUGAGCCACGGAGCAGGAGGGGAGGGCCGAGCCGGCCGGGAGGAAAGGGGACAGUGCGAGUCAUAGGAUGUGGAAAGGGAGGAGAGUAGGGUCAAACAGGCAGAAUCAGGAGACAGGAGGGAGAAGGAUUUCACAGAAGGGAGAGAUGAUAGGAUAGAAGAGGAGAGAGUAGUGGGAGAGAGAGAGUGAAGAUUGCGAUGGCGCGUGACCAUCUGGGUAGGAGCUGAGUGGGUAAGGUUGGAGGAGAGGGUUUACAAAUGUAAAUAGCCUUUUCUUUCUCUCUACCUCUCCGUCAUUCUCUCUCUGCCUCCUUUCCUCUCUUAUUCGCUCCCCACCCCUAUCUCUCCCACUCUCCCUCCCUCUUUCAGGCAUUGUGUUGUGUGAGGAGCCCAACAGUCAUCUGUACACCUUCCGAGGGGAGCUCCACUGGAGAGGAGAGUGCCACCCUCUGGACAGUGAACACAUCCUGCUGAGAGGAACAGUACUUCGCAAUACAGAUACAGCCUAUGGCAUGGCCAUAUACACCGGUACUCAGCACACAUACAUAGGCCCUGCUUCAAUACUUUAUGCACCCUCUCUUUCCCCCUAACAGAUAAAUGAUAAGGACUAUGAAAUUGAAUGUGUAAAUGACACAUAUCUUCCUGUCCCUCAGGCUCAGACAGUAAGAUCCUUCGUAACGUUGGUCAGCUAAGAGUCAAGAUGACUCAGAUUGAGAAGGUCCUGAACAAAGUGGUCAUUGGGGUGAGUGAUAAAGACCUGGAGAGGAUGAUGAAGUAAUGCAGUGUGAGAGUUAUGGAGAUAGAUGGUUUUAUCUGUGCAUUUAUAUAACUCUCUUGUCUUGACUCAUUUUAUUAUGAUAAAGGAUCCAACUUUAACACGUGUUUUAUGUGUGUGCUUUUUUUAAAGAGUGCUUUUGUGUUAAUGUGUGUGUUUUUAUGUACAUGUAUGUGUGUGUCUGUGAUCUUAGAUAGUGCUGUUCCUACUGUUGAUGGCUCUACUACUGGCUGUGGGGUCGGGAGUGUUUGAGGGGCGCGUGUCGUCCCAAAUAGAAGUUCUGUCUGCCUUAACGAGGGGCAACUCGCCCAUCUACACAGCCUUCCUCACCUACUGGAGCUAUGUGAUCCUGCUCAGCCCUGCCAUGCCCAUGGCUCUCUACAUCACGUGAGUAACACUACCAGGGUGGAUGUCAGUUCUAUUUGAAUUAAUUUAAUUCCAAUUCCAGAAUCGAAAAGUGGAAUCAGCUCUUCCAAUCCUAUAAUACUGUACACAGCAUACUUAUUCUGCAGUCUAAGAAUCUCUAUUGAAAUGUCUUUGUCAGUCACACGUCUAGUAUUGAGUCUGUUUAUGUCUCUGUGGGCAGGUUUGAGAUGAUCCACGUGCUGCACAGCCUGUUCAUAGGCUGGGACGUAGAGAUGCGAGGAGGGGUGGAGAGAUCCAUCCCUGCCCAGGCCCGGAACACCUCUCUGAAUGAGGAACUGGGUCAGGUGGGAUAUCUGCUGAGUGACAAGACGGGCACCCUCACCCAGAACCGCCUGCUCUUCAGACAGUGCUGCAUCGCAGGGGACGUCUAUGGUAAGGAUGGCCGAUGACCUGGAAACAACCACCCUCUGUCUGUGUGUGUUAGAUUUGGUUUCACCACUAAACCUACAAGGGCCUGGAAUACCUUGUGUUAUUGUGCAGUGGGUUCUCAGUCUGCGCCCCGGUUUGGAAAGACAGUGACUGAACUCACUUUUGUUUGCAUCUGACUAAAGACCAAGACCUACAUGUAACUUUGAUCUAACUUUAUCAAACCAGCACCAUUCACCAGAGUAGCCCAGUCUCUACGAGUACAGCAGAGACUGUUCAUAAAGUAGAGAAUCCCGCACAUGGGCAGAAGCUUCGGGACCUAUAGCUGUCAGGAAAGAGGGGUCCAGCCACUCUGAUAACAAAUCAGGGCACCCUCGUAAGUGUUCAAAUAUGAAUAUGGACACGGCCAUAAAUGUUAAAUAUUGAAUGUUGGUCCUGCCCUCUAGAGUCAAGGUGUAAUCUGAAACUUGUCUGGAAUCACAUUCCCCAUCUGCCCACUGUCUACUACUACUAUCUGUCAGGUAGUUAGAACAUGCUGACUGUCAGCCUAAAGCUCCCCACUCUCACCACUCUAUCUGAAAAUGUCUUCAUUUCUCUUUUUUGUAUUUUGUCAGGAGAUGCGUUAAUCAGUGCAGAGGAAUCACAGGUAAUGAUCCAGAUUUAGAUGUACCAUAUCAUUGAAGAGGAAAACAUAUAUGUUAUGUGGUUUAUCCAGUUUAUUUCCACAUUGUCAAAUCAGUCAUGAAGUAGUAAACAAACAAAAGAACAGAACUUUCCUCUCUGCCCCACCUCUGCCUCCCCCAGACAUUAGACCUGAGCUGGAACCCGUUCUCCUGUGGGGGUCUGUAUCUGUCUGACCAGCGGCUGGUGGACAGGUUGAGGGGACAGCAGUGUACACAGAGCAGACAGUUCCUCACCGCCCUGGCACUCUGCCACACCGUCAUGACUGAAUGGAAGAAAGGUGAGGGCAAACAAGUCAUUAUUGUGUAAUUACCAUUUUACCAUGUAACUUCAUAAAUGUAACUAGGUAAAUACUUGGUGUUUUCUGUACAGUAAAAUAAAAUGCUACUAAACCCUCUCAAGAAUGAGGAAAACACAUCUCAGCAUGAUACAACAAUACAGCUGUGCGAUUCCAUGCCUGCGUAGGCCGAAAACAUUUUUGGUAUCUCAGAUUGUUGUUGCAGUUCUCACAUAGAAAAUUCAUUGGGAGGAAGGAUGUUUGACAUGCUUUUUACAUUUGUAUCAUAAACCAUUUGAAAGUGAAAGUUGCCAUUUUAGGCCCUUUGUAGACCUGUACAUGCCUCUUGUAAGACCCUAUGAUCUGUGAACUACUCAUGAUACAGACAACAUCUUGGUGUCAUUAUACUCCUUACAGUGUUCUCUCACGUAUGGAGUAUGUCUUGAUUCUGAAAUACAAUUCUUCACAUUCAUUUAUUCAACAUUAAAAACAUUCAUAUCUCAAAAGUACCCUUUUAGAUUUUGUUCAUUUUAAGAAAUAUAGUUUUUAACAAUAUACUCUACAAGUACAUCACAUUUCCAGAGUAGACUCUCUGCUAAUUCUGAAGGUAUGAUACAUUUUAUAAGCACCACCAACACAGUGAAGGGGAAAAUGGAUUAAAAGGGAACUCCCUUUGAAUCCAUUUGCUGAAUGUAAAAUCCUAUAGGAGGGCUGUGAUUGAUUAAUGACCUAUAAUGUCAAUUUCUAUGUAUAAAAUGGGUCAUAUCAUUAAAAAGUACCAGAAAACCCACUCUGGAAUGUGACAUGUUUGAAGAGUAUAUUGUUACAAACAAUAUGUCAAAAAGAAGCUAAAUCUAAAAGGGUACUUUUGAGAUAUUAAUAUUAAUAAUUUUUAUGUUGAAUAAAUUAAUGUGAAGAAUUGUAUUUCAAAAUCAAGACAUACUCCAUAUGUGAGAGAACACUAUAAGGAGUAUAAUGACACCAAGAUGUUGUCUGUAUCAUGAGUAGUUCACAGAUCAUAGGGUCUUACAGGAGGCAUGUAUAGGUCUAAAAAGGGCCUAAAAUGGCAACUUUCAUGAUUUUCAAAAACAAUGGUUUGUGAUACAAAUGUAGAAACCAUGUCAAACAUCCUUCCUCCUAAUGAAGUUACUAUGUGAGAGUUGCCAGAAGAAUCUGAGAUACCAAAAAUAUUUUGUGGUACACUGGCGUGGAAUCGCCCAGCUACUGUUACAGUUCUGUUGCGUGAUGUUUGUCCCAGGGGCCCCGGUGUACCAGGCUGCGUCCCCAGACGAAGAGGCCCUGGUGGGAGCAGCCAGGGAGCUGGGCUGGGUCUUCCUCUCCAGGACCAGGGACUCUCUGACAGUCAGUGAGCUGGGCCUCAAACGCCACUACCAGCUCCUCACCCUGCUUGACUUCACCAGCCAGAGGAGACGCAUGUCUGUACUGGGUAAGACUGACGUUACUAUCUGGCCAUUCUAGAAAGGAUGAAUGUACGGCCCUAACCCUGAGCUUACUACUAAAAAAUAUAUCCUAAUUAUGUACUUGCUCAAAAGAUCUGACAGAAUUUCCUCUUUUGUACUUUCUAGCAUGGCUAUCUAGUGACUACCUGAGUGAGACUGGAUGCAUCUGCCCCACAGCUCCCCUAUCCUGGCACCUUUCUCUUUCUCUCCCUUCAUCUCUCUAUCCCCCAGUCUCUGGUCUUGAUGUACUCUCCUGACAUGUGUAGAUAUGUUCUAUCCUCUGAUGUAUGUUGUUGUGUUUUUAGUGCGGGAGCCAGAGGGAGGGCUGAAGUUAUACUGUAAAGGUGCUGACAUGGUGAUCCUGGAGAGACUACAAAAAGACUGUCCACAUCUGGAGAGCACUGAGAGAGCCUUAGAUGUAAGACACAAACACACACACACACACACACACACACACACACACACACACACACACACACACACACACACACACUACACAUAAUAAGCAGAACAAGUAGAUAUCAUGCAACAUCUCAUCCAGUAUAUUCCUGUCAUCCUCCAGCUGUUUGCCCAGUCCUGUCUGAGGACCCUGUGUAUAGCUGAGCGUACUGUACCUGAGGGCAAAUGGGUGGAGUGGAGCAAAACCAUGGCCCAGGCUGCCAUGUCAACCCGUAACCGUGAUGACAUGCUGGAACAGCUGUAUGAUGACAUGGAGAGAGAUCUAAAGGUAUCCUCAUAAUCAUAGUGUUACAUUACAGUAUGUUUACCAUACAAUGGGAUUUGAUGAGAAUUCUGAUGCUCCAAAGGAUGAUACCCAUCAAGGAAACUCAUGAACGCUUUAUAUAAAUGCAAUGUGAUCCAAUAUCAUAGUGAUAAACUCUCUGUAUAUCCUGGUUCCUGUUGUGCAGCUGCUGGGGGUGACAGCUAUAGAGGACCGGCUGCAGGACGGGGUCCCUGAGACCAUCUCCAUGCUCAGACAGGCUGGACUCAAAGUCUGGGUGCUGACCGGGGACAAGAAAGGUAACUACUGCUCCCCACUGUCUUUCUGUCUCUGUCUGUUGGUCUCUCACUCCUUUUCUGUCUCUCUUCCUCUCUGCAGAGACAGCGGUGAACAUAGGGUACGCCUGCAGACUUCUGGAUCCUGAUACCAGACUACUAGAAGGGGAUGAACUGAGGUCAGACAUAUUUACACACACACACACACACACACGGAUGGACACACACAGACACAUACACACACAUUCACACAAACACACACACACACGGACAAACACACAGACACACACGGACACACACACACACACACACACAAAUUGACCAUACUUUUCCAAUAUAUCUAUUUCUGUGGAUCCUCCCACAGGCAGCUCCUCCAGUCUCCUGAUCCAGAGAUUACUUUCUCCAAGGGCAAAGAGACAGAGCUGUGGUGUGUGGACAGGGAGAGGGCUGGGGAGAAAUCAGCACUGGUCCUCACCGGCCCUGAACUGGUAAACAUAGGUGUUAAUGCUAAUAAGACUAUAAGACUGAAAACCUUAUAGCUUAGUGAUUAUCCAUAAUUCUGUAUAAUUUAUUUGCUCUGAGUCUAGUAAACACUCCCUUUAUCUAAAGGCUACCUUAUCUAAAGGCUGCCAUCACACAAAAGGCAGUGUUCAUGUUGAUAGUGUUCAUGGUUUGUUGAUGGUUUGUCCCUGCUCAGACAGAGUUUGACACCAGGCCAGAUUGGGGUGCCAGGUUCAUGUCCCUGGCAGUGCUGUGCCAGUCAGUACUGUGUUGCCGUGUGACUCCCAGCCAGAAGGCUGACGUGGUCACGCUCGUUAGGAAAAACACCACCUCUAUCACCAUGGCAAUAGGAGAUGGUGCCAACGACAUGAACAUGAUCAAGAGUGAGUGUGAUGGACAGAAAGGUUGGCGGUGAAAUUAUGAUGUCUGUUCAAAGACAGGGUGUAUUUAACAUGUUUUCUCUCUCUCUCUCUCUCUCUCUCUCUCUCUCUCUCUCUCUCUCUCUCUCUCUCUCUCUCUCUCUCUCUCUCUCUCUCUCUCUCUCUCUCUCUCUCUCUCCCCCCCCACUCCCUCCUGUAGCGGCUCAUAUAGGGGUAGGUUUGGCUGGUGUAGAAGGGGGUCAGGCAGUUCAGAAUGCUGACUAUGCCCUGGCCAAGUUCAGUUUCCUACAGAGACUCCUAUUGGUCCACGGACGCUGGUCGUACCGCCGAAUCGCUGUCUUUCUGCGUUACUUCCUGUACAAAACCUGCGGCUUCGCUUUGGUGCACAUCUGGUUCAGCUUCUUCAACGGCUUCAGUGCCCAGGUUAGAUGGCAACACUGGUCACAUUGGUUUAGCAUCAGAAUCAUUAAUAUAAUGCUAAUGUUUACGGGGGAGGGGGGUUCUGGGUGGGGAACGACCAAUGGGUGGGUUUUCCUGUGGGUCCUGUUUUUUGUUUCACAUCCAUGGGUUUAUUAACACUAAAGAUAACAAUUACAUAAUUAAUAAUACAUUAUUUUUUAUAUAUAUAAUGGCAACGCUACCUAUUAUUUAUUGGAAUUUGAAAGGUCUGAAUAGUCCCAUCAGACGUUACAGCUGCCUUGAUAUCCUAGCAAUAAACCAGUGGUGGAAAAAGUACCCAAUUGCCACACUUGAGUUAAAGUAAAGAUACCUUAAUCGAAAAUGACUCAAGUAAAAGUGUUAGUCACCCAGUAAAAUACUACUUGAGUAAGUCUAAAAGUAUUUGGUUUUAAAUACAGUGCUAUGAAAAAGUAUUUGCCCCCUUUCUAAUUUUCUCUACUUUUUCAUAUUUGUGAUACUGAAUGUUAUCAGAUCUUCAACCAAAACCUAAUAUUAGAUAAAGGGAACAUAAGGGAACAAAUAACACAACAAUUACAUAUUUAUUUCAUAAACAAAGUUAUGCAACACCCAAUUCUCCUGUGUGAAAAAGUAAUUGCCCCCUUACACUCAAUAACUGGUUGUGCCACCUUUAGCUGCAAUGACUCCAACCAAAUGCUUCCUGUAGUUGUUGAUCAGUCUCUCACGUCGCUGUGGUUUUGGAAUGGCCUAGUCAAAGUCCAGACCUAAUCCCAAUUGAGAUGUUGUGGCAGGACUUGAAACGAGCAGCUCAUGCUUGAAAACCCACACAUCACUGAGUUAAAGCAGUUUUGCAUGGAAGAGUGGGACAAAAUUCCUCCACAGCGACGUGAGAGACUGAUCAACAACUACAGGAAGCAUUUGGUUGGAGUCAUUGCAGCUAAAGGUGGCACAACCAGUUAUUGAGUGUAAGGGGGCAAUUACUUUUUCACACAGGGGAAUUGGGUGUUGCAUAACUUUGUUUAUGAAAUAAAUAUGUAAUUGUUGUGUUAUUUGUUCACUUAUGUUCCCUUUAUCUAAUAUUAGGUUUUGGUUGAAGAUCUGAUAACAUUCAGUAUCACAAAUAUGCAAAAAUAGAGAAAAUUAGAAAGGGGGCAAAUACUUUUUCAUAGCACUGCAUACUUAAAUAUCAAAAGUAAAUGUAAUUGCUAAAAUAUACUUAAGUAUCAAAAGUAAAUGUAUAAAUAAUUUCACAUUCAUUAUAUUAAGCAAACGAGAUGGCACUAUUUUCUUGUUUUUAAAUUUACAGGUAGCCAGGGGCACACUCCAACACUCAGACAUCAUUUACAAACGAAGCAUGUGUUUAGUGAGUCCGCCAGAUCAGAGGUAGUAGGGAUGACCAGGGAUGUUCUCUUGAUAAGUGUGUGAAUUGGACCAUUUUCCUGUCCUGCUAAGCAUUCAAUGUAACGAGUACUUUUGGGUGUCAGUUAAAAUGUAUGGAGUAAAAAGUACAUUAUUUUCUUUAAGAAUGUAGUGAAGUAAAAGUAAACAUUUUCAAAAAUAUAAAUAGUAAAGUGAAGUACAGAUACCCUUAAAAACGAUUUAGGUAGGACUUUAGAGUAUUUUUACUUAAGUACUUUACACCACUGCAAGAAAAUCUAUUAAUAUAGCAAUGCUCCAAGAAGCACACCUGCUCCAAAAGGACAAAGAUGGAAAAGAGAAUCAUUUGUACAAACUGGCUGCUUUUUCAUCAGCCCCAAACAAAACUAAAGAUGUAAUCAUAAUGAUACAUAAGAAACUCAAAAUCCCCAUCUUGGGUAAAGGCGAAGAUCAAGAAGGCAGAAUCAGUUUCCUUAAAUGUAUCCAUAAUGGAAAGAAAAUUGCCUUUAUUAAUGUGUACACUCCAAAUGUAUAUGAUCCUACGUUUUUUGAUUAUCUGAACAGCAUAUUGUUGGAAUUAACUGAAUUCCAUCUGGUUAUUAGGACAGACAUGAAUGCCAUUUUGGACAUGUGGGACAAAUCUAUACUGAACAAAAAUAUAAACGCAACAUGUUUCAUGAGCUGAAAUAAAAGAUUCCACAACAUUUUUUUACAUUCCCUUUAGUGAUCAUUUCUCCUUUGACAAGAUAAACCAUCCACCUGACAUGUGUGGCAUAUCAAGAAGCUGAUUAAACAGAAUGAUCAUUACACAGGGGAACCUUGUGCUGGGGACAAUAAAAGACCACUCUUAAAUGUGCAGUUUUGUCACACAACACAAUGCCACAGUUGUCUCAAUUUUGAGGGAGUGUGCAAUUGGCAUGCUGACUUCAGAAAUGUCCACCAGAGCUGUUCCCAGAUAAUUGAAUGUUCAUUUCUCUACCAUAAACCACCUCCAACGUAGUUUUAGAGAAUUUGUCAGUACGUCCAACCGGCCUCACAACUGCAGACCAUGUGUAACCACACCAGCCUAGGAUCUCCACACCCGGCUUCUUCACCUGUGGGAUCAUCUGAGACCAGCCACCCGGACAGCUGAUGAAACUGAGGAGUAUUUCUGUCUGUAAUAAAGCCCUUUUGUGGGAAAAAACUAAUUUUGAUUGGCUGGGCCUUGCACCCCAGUGGGGGGUCCUAUACGCUCCCAGGCCCACCCAUGGCUGCGCCCCUGCCCAGUCAUGUGAAAUCCAUAGAUUAGGGUCUAUUGAAUUUAUUUCCUUAUAUGGACUGUAACUCAGUAAAAUCUUUGAAAUAGUUGCAUGUUGCAUUCCAGACACAACCAAGGCUCUCCAGCAUAUACUCUCUGAUUACAACUUCAUUGAUGCCUGGCGAGCACAUAAUCCUAAAGCAAAAGUGUACACUUUCUAUCAAACAGCCAUAAAUGAUUUGCACAAAUCGAUUUCAUACUAUUAUCUACACCUCUAUUUUCUUUAAUCAAGAAAGUUGAAAUUGGACAUAUGAGCUUGUCUGACCACAAUGCUUACUACUGCCAACUUCACAUUUUUUGAGCCAGCCAUUAAAAAAGUAUGGUCCACAGAUCUAUUUGAAUCUGAACAACACUUUAAAAAUAUGACCUUGGCAUCCCGUAAUCCGAACCAAUUUUAUAUAUUUUAAGUUUGUUCACAGACUGUAUUUAACACCCAGGAAACUUUUUACGAUUAAAUUGGCCCCAACUCCCAACUGUUCACUGUGUCCCCUAAAUCAGGUAGGCAUUUUCCUUCAUAUGAUGUGGGAGUGCCCUGCAGUUAAAUGGUUCUGGGGAAAAGUUACAAAAUUCCUUUCAAAGUGCUUGAAUGUAAAUAUUCAUGCUUUGCAUCUAUUAUGUUACUUAACGAUGAUAGCUCCUUGAAUCUAUCAAUCAAUCAGAGACUAUUACUGCUGGGUGUUGGCUGGGUGGGGUUGGGGGAAUGGGAUGGGAGGUCCUCUUCUUUUUUUUCUUUUCUUUUCCUGUUUAUACUGAAUGUAUUAUUACUUAAACUGAAAAAUAUGAUAUUUUGUAAUAUUGUGUCUUCUUCUUUUGAGUGGCAGCCCACAGGUACAAUGUAUAAUAAUGAAUUGAAAAUAUAUGGAAUAUGAAAUAAUAUUAAUGUAAAUAUUGUACCUGUAACCCCCCCAAAAAAUUUGUUUUAAUAAUAAUAUAUAUAUAAUGGAACUGCAACCUUUUUUUAACAGAGCCCAAUGUUUUUGCCAUUUCUGUGCUGUUUUCUUCCAGUCUCUGUAUGAGAAUUGGUUCAUCAUCCUGUACACUGUGUUAUACACCGCCAUGCCAGUACAAUGCCUGGGCAUUUUUGAGCAGGUAAGAGAAGAGAGAAAGGCAUAUUUGUAAAGAGGUGUGUAAUCCCAAGGGGCCCAGAGUCCAUGUGGCCAUGGACACCCUCCUGACCAUUACCAGACUGUUGUUUGAUCUCCUCUCUGCUAUAGGAUGUAAGUGCAGAGGGCAGUCUGAGCUGGCCGGAGCUCUAUAAGGUUGGCCAGAGACAGGAGCUGUUCAACCCCUGGUUGCUGGCUGCCACCCUGCUCCAUGCCCUCUACACCUCUCUGGUCCUCUUCUUCAUGCCCCUAGGGGUCUUCUACAACUCUGCCCUGGACUACCAGACCAUGGCUGUCACUGUCAGCAUAGCAUUGUUGUUCUCUGCCACCAUUGAGGUUAGAAGGGUUAGAUGUCAUGGAAUGGACGUAAACAGAGUUCUUUGGAGUUUCACAUCACUGCUGAUUAUCGUUGAUGAUUAUGAUACAUUUAUUGACAUUGACAUUGUGUGUUGGUUUGUGUGUCUCAGAUCGUUCUCCUGACCAGACACUGGACUAAGUGGAGUGUGGCUGCGAUGGGUGUCAGCUUUGGCCUGUUCUUUGUGUGUACGCCAAUCACUCACAGUCCCAAGCUAUUUGAGAAGUCCCCGGUAGACUACUACUUCCCUGGUAGACACCUCACUUCUACCACUGUCUUAACAUUGAUAUUGUGUACUGUCUUGAACUGACUCUGUGUGUGGUAAUACUGAGGUGGUUGGGUGUGUCUGUCUGUGGUCUGAUCAGGUGUGUCUCAGAAUGCCUUCCCCAGCCCGGUGGUGUGGCUCACAGCCCUGCUGACAGCCUGGACCGCUGUCCUACCCUCCUUUACCAUCCACGCCAUCAACAUCAUCCUCACUAACCCAGACAAACAUAAGGUAAGACUACCAUAGUGUGUGUGUGUGUGUGUGUGUGUGUGUGUGUGUGUGUGUGUGUGUGUGUGUGUGUGUGUGUGUGUGUGUGUGUGUGUGUGUGUGUGUGUGUGUGUGUGUGUGUGCGUGCGUGCGGAAUGGCCAUGUUACAUUACCCACAGUGGAGAGAAGUCAUGUUUGACCUGUUCUCUGAUUUCCCCCAGGUUCACAACACCAAGCGUGGGCCUGUAGAGCUUCAGAAGUUUUGCUUCAGGAGAGGAGACCCCCGCCGCCGCUCCUCCUACGCCAUGUCCCAGGGCCGAGGCAUCGGCCGUCUCAUCACCUCUGGAACUAGCCUCCGUAGCACAGCUCCCCCAGUGGACAGGAGGGGAACUUUAGGUGAUAAUGUCACACUAGCAGGCCAAACACAGACAGUGGAGAGCGAUGAUGCUCCAAAGAAUAUUACUGAAAAUGGUUCAUCCAAAUAGAUGGAAACGGGAUUGAUAAUGUGUGUAUGUCCCUCCACAACUACAAGAAUAAUACAUUUUCUGCAGCAGUAAAAACAUUUCAAAUAGGGCCUGUCUAUAGGGUCAUAGUUUAGCCCAUGAUUUAGCCCUGGUAGUUCAGCACCAUGGACAGCAGAAGCCCAGACCGUGGGGCAAAAGUUCAAACGGUGGUUCGAUGAUAUGGCAGUGGUCUUUGAGGAUGGCAUACAGAUGUAUGAUCUUAAUUUGAUCACCCUGUUGCAGGAGAUACACUACAUUACCAAAAGUAUGUGGACACCUACUCGUCGAACAUCUCAUUCCAAAAUCAUGGGCAUUAAUAUGGAGUUGGUCCACCCUUUGCUGCUAUAACAGCCUCCACUCUUCUGGGAAGGCUUUCCACUAGAUGUUGGAACAUUGCUGCGGGGACUUGCUUCCAUUCAGCCACAAGAGCAUUAGUGAGGUCGGGCACUGAUGUUGGGCGAUUAGGCCUGGCUCGCAGUCGGCGUCCCAAUUCAUCCCAAAGGUGUUCGAUGGGAUUGAGGUCAGUGCUCUGUGCAGGCCAGUCAAGUUUUUCCACACCGAUCUCGACAAACCUUUUCUGUAUGGACCUCGCAUUGUGCACGGGGGCAUUGUCAUGCUGAAACAGGAAAGGGCCUUCCCCAAACUGUUGCCACAAAGUUGGAAGGACAGAAUCCUCUAGAAUGUCAUUGUAUGCGGUAGCAUAAAGAUUUCCCUUCACUGGAACUAAGGGGCCUAGCCCAAACCAUGAAAAAAGCCCCAGACCAUUAUUCCUCCUCCACCAAACCUUACAGUUGGCACUAUGCAUUGGGGCAGGUAGUGUUCUCCUGGCAUCCGCCAAACCCAGAUUCAUCCGUCGGACUGCCAGAUGGUGAUGCGUGAUUCAUCACUCCAGAGAAUGCGUUUCCACUGCUCCAGAGUCCAAUGGCGGUGAGCUUUACACCACUCCAGCCAACGCUUGGCAUUGCGCAUGGUGAUCUUAGGCUUGUGUGCGGCUGCUUGGCCAUGGAAACCCAUUUCAUGAAGCUCCCGAUGAACAGUUCUUGUGCUGACAUUGCUUCCAGAGGCAGUUUGGAAUUCGGUAGUGAGUGUUGCAACCGAGGACAGGCGAUUUUAACGCGCUACACGCUUCAGCACUCGGCGGUCCCGUUCUGUGAGUUUGUGUGACCUACCUCUUCACGGCUGAGCCGUUGUUGCUCCUAGACGUUUCCACUUCACAAUAACAGCACUUACAGUUGACCGGGGCAGCUCUAGUAGGACAGACAUUUGACUUGUUGGAAAGGUGGAAAGGUGGCAUCCUAUGACCGUGCCACGUUGAAUGUCACUGAGCUCUUCAGUACGGGCCAUUCUACUGCCAAUGUUUGUCUAUGGAGAUUGCAUGGCUGUGUGCUCGAUGUUAUACACCUGUCAGCAACGGGUGUGGCUGAAAUAGCCGAAUCCACUAAUUUGAAGGGAUGUCCACAUACUUUGUAUAUAUAGUGUAUUUCUUGCAAUGCAGAAAAUGUAUAACUUGUAGUGUAUUUGAGGUUUAAAAAGGCUUCUGAAUUUUGAAAUUUCCCUCAUGAAAUAUGUAUCAACCCCUACAAAAAUGUCCAUUAAUUAUAUAAUCCACAUAAUAAUUAACAUUUCCUGUUUCUGUAGGAUUAUUUUCCUGCUGUAGCAAACUGUGACAAAUUAAAAUCCUAAAUGUGUAUGUUUUUCUGUUCUCUUUUGUAUGCAUUCUUUCUAAAUAAAUGAUAUUUGAUACCUUAUUUGUUUAAAAAGUUUUAUUUCAGCAGUCACCUACGUUGUUCAAUUAGAUCAAUUCAAUACACCUUGGCAUGCAUAGUAAUUGAGAGAAGAUUGUUUGAAUUUGCAACGUACUGUAGGAUGUGUGUGCACCAUGUUUUAGGGUAUAGAUUUUUGUAUUUACCCAUAGAAGAGUACAUCCUUUCAAGAGAAAAAACAAACCAAACUAAGACAGCACAGAUGUUUUACAAUUGUUUUAUUUGUUAAUUUGUUUCAAAACACGCAAUUUACCCAUAUUAUCCUUUUUAAGUUCUUAUUUUCUGUAACAGUUAUUACUCAAAUUUUUUUCCUUCUCAAAAAUCUCCACUAAAGCUAAAUAAAAAGUUAUCCACAGGCUCUCCUGCUUCUGCAGUGGGAGGAGGGACAAGAGGCUCUCAGUGUGUUGGGCCUUCAACAUCCUGCAGGACGCACAGGUGUGUGUGUGUGUGUGUGUGUGUGUGUGUGUGUGUGUGUGUGUGUGUGUGUGUGUGUGUGUGUGUGUGUGUGUGUGUGUGUGUGUGUGUGUGUGUGUGUGUGUGUGUGUGUGUGUUUGUGCGUGCAUGUGCGUGUGUGUAAUCUAACAGAAAAGGAGGAAUGUUUACAUGGCCAGUGUUGGAAUCACUCACAGGAAACUAGAGCAGCUUUGAGAGCUGGGCAUUGUCUCGGUUCAGUGGUCAGAUUGUCAGACCUCUGAUUUCAUCUUUGGUUUUUAGCAAACGCUCUCAAAGGGCAGACUCGUCUUUAAUUCCAUGUAGGUGAGUGAGUGUGUGUGUCUGUAUGAGUGUGUGUGUGUACUGUAAGUCACCCAGUUUUGUAAACUGUGUUCCAUUUUGAUGUCUCUGCAUUGAUUGAUUGGGGCCUUCCUUGCCCCUGAACAGAGACUAUACAACAUUGUAACACAUUGAACCAUGUAGAAAAUUGAUUUAGGCUAACAACAUGGGCAUGGACUCCAUUUCAUGUCAAUGGCAGUUUGGGGCCUUUCUGAAAGCUGUAAAAGCACUGUCUGGUACACACUAGAGUCAGUGCUGCAGUGCCUCUCCUCUCCAGGCCCUCUAUAGAGUACCCUGAAUGACUGGAGCUGCUAGACCCACUCUGGGGGAAACCGGGAGGGGGGCAGAUGUCAUGAAAUGGAAAGGGUAGGUGGGGGAUAGAAGUUUGUACACUCUGACCCAACAGCAAUCAUUAAGAUUGGGGGGUCAGGUGUUUGCAUAGUUUUCUGUGCAAAAGCCACCAGCCAGAUCCUCAUAUCUCUCAUGGCUGGUUUCAUCAACAUUAGAUCAGCAGGAGACCAUGUUGGAGUGGGGUCAGAUGGGAAAUGUAGUAAUAGCUGUCUUGCAUUGCACAGCACUGCGUUGUGGGUUGUGUUGUUUGCAUUAGGUUAAUAAUAUAGACAAGGGAUGUCAGAGUAGGAGUGUCUCGAGGUAAGGGCUAACUGUUUGGUUUGAGUUGUUUGUAAUGAUGUGUUGCUUGUGAUGAGAUUGAUGAUAGGGUGUGUAUUAGGGUGUGGGGUGGUGGGUAGUAGUGGGUAGUGGGCAUAUUUUGGCAGUCGGUGCAGUACAGCUGUGAAUGACCCAGAGAGCCUCUUUUCCCGAUUUCUCCUUCCAACCCCCCCCCUGCUGGCCUGUCCUCUCUCUACCUUUUUCUUGUUUUGAAACUGAUUGUCUUCUACCAUCACAAAGACACUUGGUUCUGAUUGAUUAACAGGCACCAGAAGAGGGAGAGCACAGUGUGACUGGGGUGUUAACCGGGUCUGACUGCAGGCCGACUGGCAACUUUACAUCCUAAAGGAAGAUGGUGCAUAUAUGCUGUUUGACAGUAGAUGAGAGCAUUUCUGGUUGGAGGGGUCAGUUGCCAAUGUACUGGUCGGUUGGUAAAUGUUAGAAUUUCGCUUGACCAAGAUUGCAAACCAAAGAAAGAACACUUCUUCAGAUAAAUACAAAUGUAGGCACACAUACACACACAGACUGAAGAAAAGGAUGGCAUACAGUGCAUAUAGGCAGCUACACCCAGGCCUGUGGCUUAGUCCCUCUGAUUAACUCCAAGGAAACAACCCGGCCUUGGAAAAGCAGGACAACCACCAACAGGACCAUGUUGGUAGCCAGGCUGAGGAAUGAGAUUGAAUGAGAUUGAUUGGAGAGGAGGGGUGGAACCUCCCCAGCACACUGCCCCCUACUGUCAGGAUGUAUAUGCAUAAAGAAAAACAUGGGGAGGGGAGAGGGGUUGCAACAACACAUGCACACAACCAGUGAAUCCAACAGUGACAAAAAUGUCUAAAAACAAAGACCCCUCCAACGCCAAACCCCGACCCCAGCCCACCCUUUUUCCAAAUACCCCCCUCCAUCCACCCCAGUCUUUCCUUCCUCCUCUCGCACAAAAUCACAGGUCAAUCCUGUAGGUUUCUAUACAGUUAUACAAUAUCCAUGCAGAAAAAAAAGGUUACACCUCCCUUUCAAUAGGAGGUGCUGUUUUCAAUAUAUUAAUAACAUCAGGAGCACUUGAACACACUUCAAAAGUAACUAUGAAAUUGUUUAGGAGAAAAGAGAACAAAAUGGCAGAAGAAAGCUUGGGAUGAGUAAAAACAAUCUUCCUAAAGUUGAUAUUCAAAUUAUGCUUUUUUAGAAUUCAAUCCAAUCCGUUUCAUUUUUUUGUCUUUGAAAAUACACACCUCAAAGAACUGAGCUAUCUAUCUAUGUGUUAAGUAGCUCUUGUAGUCCUCUCUCUCUCUUCCCUUCCUCUUUUAGCAUUCUCUCCUGUCUCUUCCUCUUUUUCCACAGAAACAUUCACAAUGUCUUUACUUUAUGAAAACAUUCAGUACAUGCCGUAG